UACACCAUUCAGCAGUGCACAUGAAAGACGAGCUGAAAGUGAAAAUAGUUUUGUAGUAUGGCGCGAGGUCUGCUUACGAUGUCUUUGCACGGGCUUUUUGUUUGUGGUGCAGUGGCCCUGGCCUUGUGGGCUGUAGACGUGGGCGCAGCCGUCAGAUAUGACACAGCAACCCCAUACACUCCGCCGGUUUCAAAAUAUAAAUAUAUACCGUUGCACGGGACAAGCGAUUCUUAUAAUAGGGAAUCAGAAUUAGAGUCUAGCGAUGUCGAGGACACUCCAAGCUCGGGUAUGCCGACCUCAGAGUUGAUACUGACAGUGUUCAGGACAGCCCUUGAUGUCAUCCGGAACAUCAACAAGAACCGGGCAGCGGCGGCUCUGCCCAGUCCCAAAAUAAACAGCACUGCAGUUCAGUUACGACGUGGUAAUUUCAAGAAUGGUACAGUGGGGAGCGGUCGUGGUUUUGAAGAUUAUUACGAUGAGCACCACUACCACGAGACUACUACCACCGCGAAGCCGGUAAAACAAGGUCGAUACACUGACCCCUGGGCGGGAUACUAUGACUGGAUUAUCAACGAGGGAUCCUUCAAGUUCUGGAGUGUGUUUCAGCUUUUUACCGCCGCUCUGCUUCUUUACGCCUGCCUAUCAGCUAUCUACUAUGCGAAGUUCAACCCUAUCCUGCCGGAUUACAGUUUAGAAUAUGACGAUUAUUUCUUGGAACGUAGCGUGGGAAGAAAGGCUCGCAGCGUUGAACCUUCGGAAAUGCCUUCAGGACUCAGUUGGAUAACACCCACGGCCUUCCAGUUUAUAUUAAACUCUAUAUCAAAACAAUACGAGGAAGAAUAGCUCAAAUUUUAUAAAUACUUCGAGUUAUAAGUCUUCAUCACAGGGAUUCAAGUCAAUCCCAAGGGUCUUUGUGAACCUGUCAUAAAAGAGACUGAUCUGAUGCAACUUUAUUUAAAGUCGUCUUAGAUCGGACCCUUGAAGUUAAAUUAGUCACAUAAAAGUUUUGUUAGCUUAGUACAGAUGCUCAAUUUAAUUUGUUAGAUAUUAAUUGUACUUAGUUCUAAAUAAUUUAAAUUAUAUCGAUAUAAAAGUUUAA